AUGACUAAGGAAAAUAACGACGUUAUGAACGAAUAUGAGCUUCAACGUCUCGAAAAUAUUCGUAAAAAUGAGGAAAUUCUUAAACAACUCAACAUACCAGAACUUGUCAACUCUUUUAGAAAGCCAAAGCCUAAACCAAGGCCAAAAGCUGAAAAAAAACCAACUCAGCCUAUGAGAAAGUCUUUGCGCUUACGUGGUGUCAAAGCAGAAGAAGCACCAGAAGCAAAAAGGCGGGCCGAGGAGGAAGCUAUAAAAGUUGAAAAAAAAGCUCGUCUAGAGGGCAUUCUUGCCUUGCACGCGAUACGUUCUAACACAUCAAUCGAUGAAACUAAUCAAUUUAUAGGAAUCCUUUCCGAUUUAUCUAUGGUCAAAGACUCUAGGAAAGAAAGUGAUGAGGUUAAGAGAAGUCAAACGGACGAGAUUAAUUUCGAUUCUGUUCCAGGUGGCAAGGAGGGUUUAAAUGCAAUAAGAUGGAGGUGUCGAUCACUCUCUCUCUCUCAAACUGAAGAAUGGUCAUCUGUCAAAGUGACCCCAGAAAGGAUAUAUUGUGUGUCAAUUCAUCCCUCAAAAGAAAAAAUACUAGUGUCCGCGGGUGAUAAACUUGGCUCUUUAGGUUUUUGGAGUGUUAAUGAAUCGAAUAUGAAUGAACAUGGCAACAAUGAGUGUCAAACCUUUAUGUUUGAAGCGCAUACUAGAACCAUAACUUGCUCAAAAUAUUCUCCUACAAAUUCAAAUAUGCUUUUUACAUGCUCAUAUGAUGGUUCAAUUCGUUAUUUUGACCUGAAUCAAGCGAGGUUUAUGGAAGCUUUUGUUGACGAAGAUUACACCUAUACUCAUAUUGAUAUAGACCCAACUGGGCAAAUAAUUUACUUUGCAACUAAUGAAGGGAUUGUCGGAAUAAAAGACAUUCGAGAGCCCACGACUGUUUUUACUGGUCACAGACUUCAUGAUAAGAAGGUCGGAUGUGUUUCUUUAAAUCCAAAAUGUCCCGAUUUAAUGGUUACCGCGUCAUUGGAUAGGAAAAUGCGUCUUUGGGAUAUUCGCAAGUUGGGAUCAGAUAGUAACAUUCAAGAAUUCACUUUCACAAAUGCCGUGACUAGCGCAUUUUGGAGUCCCAUGGGAGAUCAAGUGGCCUCAACCAGCUAUGAUAAUUUUAUACGGGUAUUUAAUUAUGAUGAAGAAAGAAAACUAAAAGAGCGCAUACAAAUCCCACAUAACAAUCAAGUAGGAAGUAAUUCUUAUCGACAAAGGUGGGUCACAAUGUUUCGCGCCACAUGGAAUCCAAAUCCAAAUUUGCAUCCCCACUUUAUUAUUGGCAAUUUGAAAAGAUCAUCGGAUGUAUUUUCAGCAGUGACCGGUGAAUUGAUUUGGAAUAUGCAUGAUGAGAAAUUGUCUGCCGUACCAGCUGUUAACGCUUUUCACCCAAAAUUGAACUUAAUUGUUGCUGGAAGUUCUUCUGGCAGAAUGAUAGCUUGGCAAGAGAAACGAAAGGUGACUCCCGUUAUUGUAAUUGAAUAA